AUGGAAGAGGAACUAAGAUGUUUCUUAUGUAAAGAAUUUUAUAGAGAGCCUGUUUUACUCCCGUGUGGACAUGCAUUGUGUCGUAUUUGCGCUGUCAACUUACAAACACACGUGCAUGAUGCAGAUAAUGCUUCAGCUUCAGCAUCAGAUUACCAAGAGGCGGAUAAAGCGUCAGUUUCAAGUGAAACAGAUAGUGGAGUAGUAUGUGGUUCAAGGCCUAACAGUUAUGCUGGCACGCCUGCUACUGCUGCAUAUCCGUCUACAGCGUUUAGCCUUUCUUGCCCCAUAUGUAACAAACGAAUUUAUUUAGAUGACAAUGGCGCUGAGGGCUUGCCACCUUUCCGUGUCAUGCGAACAAUUGUUGAAAGAUUUGGGGAUGUCAAUAUUGCACCACCAGCUGAAGAAGCAUGCCAAAUGUGUGAGGGCGACAAGCGAGCAGCAGUUGUCAGAUGUGAACAGUGCUCUGUCAGAUACUGUGCCAGCUGUAGGGAUGCUUGGCAUCCUACACGAGGACCUCUUGCCCAACACGAGUUAAAGGCGCUGGGAACUACAUGCGGUGACCAUGGUGCCUCCCCUGUUCUAUAUUGUAAUGCUUGCAUAAUUCCAAUUUGCCAACGGUGCCUGAAUGAGAGACAUUCUUUACAUGAAACACAACCGCUUUCUAAUGCAGCUAGAGCUUAUAAGACUGAAUUAUCACAAUCACUCCAACAGCUAUCAGAAGAAGCAAAAGCUGUAACGGAAUAUAUACAGUUAGUUAAAGGAGCAGGAGAAAAAGUUAAUGAUUCAUGUGAAGAGUUAGAGAGACAAAUUGAUCAAGCUUGCUUAGAAAUAACUCGAACAGUUGAGCGAAGACGGGAUGAACUUGUAAGAGCGGCUAGAAAUACUAGAUCUCAAGCUGCUAACAACAUGAGAUCUCUGACAGCCCAUGCUGCUCAAAAGUUGCGAGAAGCAACUGCAUUACUACACUUUUCAAUUGAAGCCUUAAAGGAAACAGAUAAUGCAGCUUUUCUUCAGGUUGGCAAUAUUCUCUCGGCGCGCGCGCAGGAUACGGCGAGUGGGUUGCGCGACUCUCUUGAGACACCGCCGUCUCCAUCUGCACUCACACUUGACAUCGAACCGGUCCUCAGGACCGUUAAGAGCAUGAACUUUAUUGAAUGUAUACCCCCAGGGGCCCCAGAAAUGGCGGUAGAGGCGUGUGCAGCGAGGGGAUGCUCAUGCACAUUGGCGUGGCGUCCCCCCGCGGCCCCACACGCUGUCCGUGGCUACAUUCUAGAACUGGAUGACGGCUUAGGAGGACCAUUUCGUGAAGUGUAUUGUGGUCGAGAAACAGUAUGUACCGUGGACGGUCUACAUUACGCGUCGCUGUACAGCGCCAGAGUCAAAGCGUUCAACGGAGCUGGAGAGGGGCCCUACAGUGAAGUUAUUGGACUUCAGACAUCACCAGUGGCUUGGUUUUCGUGGGAUGCACGUUGUGCGAGCGCAGAGGGCGGGCUCGUAGUAGGUGCUGAGGGACUAAGUGCACGCGCGGCCGGCUGGCAACCGCGUGUUCUUCUCGCCGACCAGCCUUUGGCGCGAGGAUUGCACUAUUGGCGUCUACGCAUAGACCACUACGACGGCGACGCAGACCCAGCUUUCGGCAUCGCUCGCGCCGAAGUAGCUAAGGAUAAGAUGCUAGGUAGCGACGCGCUCGGAUGGGCGAUGUAUAUAGACGGGUGUCGGUCUUGGUUUGUGCAUGGAGGUGCGCACGGCGGUCGGGCCAGUGGCGGCAUCUCGAAUGGUGUAACUGUUGGCGUGCUACUGGAUCUUACGCGCGGUACUCUUCGCUUUACUGUCGACGACCAGCCACAGGGAGACAUCGCUUUCACGGGACUCCGCGGUGCGUUCUACCCAGCGGUGUCUCUAAAUCGAGGUGUCGCAGUAACACUUCAGCCUGGUCUUCCACCACCCCCGGACCUCCUCAUGUCUAAUCUGAGUAUCGAAUAA